AUGGCCCAAGCAGAUCCUGCCAUCAUUGCAAGAGCGUUUACCGAUCUUGGAGCUCAGAUUCCUCUAAUCUCCAACCAUCCGACGGUUCAAACGCUAGAUCAAGUCCAAAAUUUCCAGGAAGUCCGAGGACAGUUCCGUCGACACGAUGAGCAGUUUACUCAGUUACAAAGGACUUUGGACGGAAUGGAACGGGGUUUGGACGAAAUGAGACGGGAGUUCCGCCUCAGUCUUGAUCAAAUAUCCAGAGAUCAAACAUUACUUCCAUUACGUCUAUACAACGCAUCUUGUGGAAACAUAGCACAUCUCCGCUACCCAGUUGGAGUGCAAGCUCAAGCGAUCACUCGGGACAACUUACUAACAUUCACAGUGCUCGAAUGCCAGCAGCUUGCAGUUGCGCUUGGGCUUCCAGCCCUACUUCCGAAUGUUACAGUUAUGGAUCGUCGUAAACAAAUUGCGUCGUAUCUCGGUGUCUCUAUUUGA